CGCUGCGUGUGUUUGUAAAGUUUGGAUGAAAAAGUCGACUUCAGUCACUAAACUCAAUGGGAAGGUGAACGUCCACGAUGAAGACGCGCUCAUAGUUCGGACUGAACUCGGCUGUACAUCUGCGGGAAUCCUCGUUUACAUUUCCUGGGCUCGAAAAGUAUCCACUCCACAGGAGAUGAUGAUGUCUGACGCCAGUGACAUGUUGGCAGCGGCCUUGGAGCAAAUGGAUGGAAUCAUAGCAGGCUCCAAGGCGAUGGACUACUCCAACGGGCUGUUCGACUGCCAGUCGCCCACCUCGCCGUUCCUGGGUGGCCUCCGCGUGCUGCAUCUGCUGGAGGACCUGCGAGGGGCGCUGGAGCUCAUGGACAACGAGGAGAGGGACAACCUGCGGUGUCAGAUCCCCGAUUCGACCGCAGAGGGCCUGGCAGACUGGCUGCAUGGACGAUUGAGCAACGGACACGGCUCGGACGCCGUCUACCAAGAACGUCUGUCACGAGUGGAGAGCGACAAAGAGUGUCUAAUUCUUCAGAUAAGUGUUCUGACAGACCAGGUGGAGGUGCAGGGUGAAAAGAUCCGGGACCUCGACUCAUGCCUUGAGCAUCAUCGGGAGAAACUAAAUGCUACUGAGGAGCUUCUUCAACAGGAGCUGCUGAACCGAACAGCACUGGAGACGCAGAAGCUGGAGCUGAUGACAGAGGUCUCGAGUCUGAAGCUGAAGCUGUCGGCCGCGGAGCGAGAUCACAGGGGCGACGAGGGUUUAUACCAGGAAGUAACGGACCUGCGGUUCAGGGUGACUGACGUAGAGAAUGACAGAUUGCAGUGUGAGAAGAAAUUCAGAGCAACCAAAGAGGAGCUGCAGCUUCUGCAGAGGCGGCUGGACGAGCGAGAGCUGGAGCUGAUGAAACUGACGGGCGAGGACAGAUUGAAGACUGAGGGAGCAGACAGAGAUACAGAAAUGUUAAAGAUGAGGAGCGUGUUGGAGACUUUGACGUCGGUCAACGAUGAGAAGGAGAGAAGGAUAAAGGAGCUGGAGGAGUCGCUUAUAAAGUGCAACAAAGUCCAGCAGCUGGUUAGAGAGAAGUUGAAGGAAGACGACUAUGACGUUAUCCCAGAUGAUGCCUGUGUUCCCGCAGCCAUGGAGGUGGAUCAGGUCACGCUGGUGUCCGAGGGGGAGGCAGGAAGGAGCUUUGGCGAGUCUGUUCCAUGUAUCGCCGUUCUCUCUGAAAUGAACGAACUGGACAGAGAGCAACAGCUGCAGGCCACAGACAGCUUGACUUUAAAUGGCAGCAACAUCCAGACAAACAGCAAAGCAGGACCUGGUUCUCCUUGUUCUUCUUCUUCUUCUUCUUCCACCAAAGCAUCAAACGCCGCUCAUAACGACAGUUUUGGAACAAAGAAGAUUCGAGCGUCUUUCGGCCGUGGACUUUUAAAGUUGCGCGGCGGAGGCAAACGCACGUCCAGCGCUCCGAAUCUGGCUGAGACGGAGCGUCAGGGCACAGAUCACCUGGACUUGGCCGGAGUUCCUCAGCAAAAAUCCCAGGACGCAGCCGCUCUUCUGUCGUCACCGGAAACCAAAAAGAAAUCCAAAGGCUUCAAGAGAUUCUUCGGCAGACUGAAGAGGAGCCACUCGACCUCCUUCAACCUGGACGACGAGAUGGAGUUCAGGAGGGGCGGAGUCAGAGCCACCGCCGGGCCUCGACUCGGGUGGUCGCGUCAACCUAAAGUCAGCGCCGUCGACGUUCCUUUCUCGCGGUGGAGUCGAGAGGAAGUGUGCGAGUGGCUGCACGAGCAGGGGCUCGGCCCCUUCGCCGCUCAGGGUCAGAGCUGGAUCAAGUCCGGACACACGCUGCUGCAGGCGUCCCAGCACGACCUGGAGAAGGAGCUGGGUCUGAGGCAGCCUCUCCACAGGAAGAAGCUGCAGCUGGCGUUGCAGGCUCUGGCGUCAGACGAGGACGACCUGAGGGGGAAACUGGACCAUAACUGGGUGACCAGAUGGCUGGACGACAUCGGCCUCCCUCAGUACAAGAGUCACUUUGACGAGGCUCGCGUCGACGGACGGAUGCUGCACUACAUGACUGUGGAGGACCUUCUGUCUCUGAAGGUCGGCAGCGUCCUCCAUCACCUCAGCAUCAAGAGAGCCGUCCAGGUUCUCCGCCUCAACUCGUACGACACAAACUGUCUCCGGCGACGGCCGUCUGUCGAGAACAACAUCACUCCAGCCGAGAUCUCACAGUGGACGAACCACAGAGUGAUGGAGUGGCUGCGCUCCGUGGAUUUGGCCGAGUACGCGCCAAACCUGAGAGGCAGCGGCGUUCACGGCGGACUGAUGGUGCUGGAGCCACGUUUCAACGUGGAGGCGCUCGCUCUCCUGCUCAACAUCCCGCCCAACAAAACUCUGCUGCGGCGCCACCUGGCGACGCACUUCCACCUGCUCAUCGGCUCCGAGGCCCAGAGGCUCAAGCAGGAAUGUCUGGAAAACCCGGAUUACGCUGUGCUCAGCGCCACCGCCAAGGUCAAGCCGAGACGCUUGUCCUUCGGUGGGUUUGGCACUCUGAGAAGGAAACGUCACGAUGAAGGCGAGGACUACGUUUGCCCCCUGAACGUGGAAAUGCCCAGAAACGGCAGCUUCCAGAUGGGAGCGCGAGUCUACGACGAAAACAUUGGCCACAUGGAACGGAUGGACGACUCCGAGGGAACAGUCCAACAGAUCGGAGUUCUGUCUGAAGGAAUCAACAACCUGACGAACCUGCUGAAGGACGACGAGUUCUUCGUCCGCCAUCAAGCGGCGGACACACCGGAGCCGCUCACGUCCUCAGACUCGUCACAGCGUUAGAACAUGUGAGAAUUGACUACUUUUUUG